AUGACCAAGGAGUACCUGGAGAGGAUCACCGACACGGUGAAGAGGAACAAGGAGGAAGAGGAGGAGGAGGACGACGAAGAUGACGACGAGGAUGAUGGUUUGCCCGGGGGGAGGCGGGUCGCCAAGCUCCUCCGGAAGAAGCAGCUCGUGGAGAGCGGCAGGCAGCGCCUGAGCCUUGCCGCAAGGGUGUUACCGCCGGGACAGCAGGAUGGAUUCAAAUUUAUAGCCAAGCACCGGCAGCCAGUGACUGCCGUUGCUCUGUCGAAGGACAGCGACAAGGGGUUUUCGGCGUCCAAAGAUGGAGUUAUCCUCCAUUGGGAUGUCGAGACCGGGAAAAGCGAGAAGUAUUUGUGGCCAACUGAAAAGGUGUUGGUUUCGCACCAUGCUAAAGCUCCUCUGUCUAAAAAGAGAAGCCAGCAGGUGCUUGCACUGGCUGUUAGUUCCGAUGGGCGAUACUUGGCCACUGGUGGCUUCGACAGGCAUAUCCAUUUGUGGGAUGUUCGAACACGGGAGCACAUACAGGCAUUCAGUGGACAUAGAGGGCCAGUAUCCUGUCUUGCUUUUGGCCUGGACUCUUCGGAGUUAUUCUCUGGUUCUUAUGAUCGUUCAAUAAUGCAGUGGAAUGCUGAAGAUAGAACAUACAUGCACUGCCUAUAUGGUCAUCAAGGUGAAAUAUUGACAACUGAUGCACUCAGCAAAGAUAGACUUCUGACUGUAGCACGGGAUAGAACAAUGCAUCUUUGGAAGAUACCGGAGGAGUCACAGUUAGUCUUUCGUGCGCCUGCUGUGUCUUUGGAGUGCUGCUGCUUUAUCGAUGACAAGGAAUAUUUGUCUGGAUCAGAUGACGGAAGCCUCGAGCUUUGGAGUGUUAUGAGAAAGAAGCCUACUCACAUAAUAAAAAAUGCCCAUCCAGCAUUAGCUCCUAGUUCACUUGACAGCGCUGAUGAAAAGUUGCCCAAAGAAAAUGGAAUUUGUAAGCCUCAGAGCCUUUCAUCAGCUCAUUCAUGGAUUAGUGCUGUUGCUGCAAGAAAAGGUUCUGAUCUGGCUGCGUCUGGAGCAGCAAAUGGUGUUGUCCGCCUUUGGACAAUUCAACCUGAUUCAAAAGGGAUGCAGCCAUUGUUCGACUUGCCACUGGAUGGCUUUGUCAAUUCUCUUGCAAUAGCAAAAUCGGGACGCUUCAUUGUUGCUGGUGUUGGGAAAUUGUUGAGGUAG